AUGGCCUCCAAGGCAUGGAGACCCCCAACCGGGUCCAAGAAGGGUAGAUUCACUGUCGACAGCGGAGGCGGAGUCGCCACCGGAAUGCAGCAGCAGCAGCAGACGCAGCCAGCACUGGCCCCUCAACCGGUCAAGCCCGCUCCCACACCUUCUAGCCGUCCGUCUACAGGUGGCAGACCAGUAAUCGCUGCAUCUCCGGGCUCCAACAUGCUGCCCCAGCAGGCUGCCCCGGGUAACAACUGGCCCUUUGUCCCUCCUGCGCAGUUGCAGGGCGGUGAGGGAUUCCUCCUCGACCUCUCGACGACGCCCACAGCUGGCGACUUUAACAGCCCCGCCUCCGUCUUUGGUACCUCGGCAUCUAGCUUCACUCCCAACGCACACGCUCAGGGCUUUGCGGCUCAGUAUGCCGCUGCCCGUGCUGCCCGCGGAUCGACUGCUGGUCCCCAUGGCUCGACGACUCCCCUCGAGCAACCUCCAUCGCCUUGGGGCGUCGACCAGUCUCAGUCGUUUGACUUUACUGGUCUCGACUGGAACCCGCAGCAGGCGCAACAACAACACCUCGCCCAGCAACAGCAGCAGCAACAACAGGCUCAGCAGCAGCAGCAGCAGCAACUGCAGCAGCAGGUCAACGAGGCUCAAGCGACACUCGAAGGACUCGACCAGAACAUGCUCGCGAACCUCGCCGAGAUGAUUGCCCAGAGCCAGAAGAACGCUGGCACAAUGCCUGUCAAUUUGAUGGGCGCCCUCGACCCCAGCUCGCAGAUGUCAUCGCCUGCCGGUCACAUGCAAAUGUCAGCGCAGACUCCCCCUCCGCCCCAGUUCCAGCCCCAGCCAACCGUCCCGCAAUCUCUUGCACAGAUGAUUCAGCAGGUCCAGCAGGCGCAGGCGCAGGCAGCCAUGGUCAACCAGCAAGCUCAGGCUCAGGCGCAAGCUCAAGCGCAGGCUCACGCUCAAGCGACAGCGAUCGCCCAGGGCGGCAGUGUGCCCCGCUCCAACGCCAGUCUUCUGACGCGUCGCAUGCAACAGGCGCAGGCUGAGCAGUCUAGCAGCCAGCCCUCCAGUCCCAGCAUGAACCUCGCCCAGCAGGCGUUCGCGGGUGGCUUUGGCUUCACCCCUUCCCAGCGUCCCAAGGCGGCUACGGCCCAGUCCUGGACGAGCGACCGCGCCAACGAGACCCCGGCGACGACUCCCGGCGGUUCCAGCGACGCAGUUAGCAGCCCAGCAGAGACGACUCUGUCAGUCAAGUCGUUCCGCCCAAUCAAGCCUCGUCGCCCCGAGGCCACUCCCCAUCCUCCGCCCGUCAAGCCGUCGCCCAAGUCGCUGUCGUUUGCCACGCCAGUGGCGACGGUCUCGCGUCCCCAGUCGCGCCAGCCGUCCAAGGAGCCCGAGAGCGCCGAGGACUGGCAGCAGAGGCUGGACAUGUCCAACCUCCCUCCCUUGCCAGCUGGCAUGAGUAUCGCCCACCUCUCUCAGUAUGGUCCUGCUGGCCUUGAAAUGGCGAUCCGGAUGGGUAUGGGAAUCGCAAUGAGUUUGCAGCAACCCAACUCUGCCGGCCUGUCUGCAAGGCAGGACUCGUCUACCAACCUGCGCUCCGCAGGCUCGACCAACCCGCCUUCUCCCGAAGGCGGUUCGGUGACAUCGCGCCAGCGGAGCGGGGAUGUCGUGUCCGAAAUCCUCAAUGACGACUUCUUUGCCGCACGUUCGCCACUGAGCACGAGUCCCACGUCGGCACUGCCAAUAUUUGCUUCCGGUCGCCGACCUUCCCAGUCUGGAGACCCUGGAAGUCCGCUGCCCGAGGUUCACCACCCAGAAGAGAUGGCCAAGAAGGACCCCCUCGCCACCCAGGUCUGGAAGGCCUAUGCACGCGCAAAGAACACGCUCCCGCACGGUCACCGCAUGGAGAAUUUGACCUGGCGCAUGAUGCACCUCACCAUGAAGAAGGAUGAGAACGGUGUCCCUCUGACCCCCCUGCAGCAGCAGCAGAUGCUGCUGGCUCAACAGCAGCAGCUGCAGCAGCCCCAGGAGGACCGGACGGCCAUGCCUCCACCUCCCGAGCCGGCGGCAUUGCGGACAGUGCCGGAAAUGGAGGAAGGAGAGGGCGAACGUGGUCGCCGGAAGGGAAAGUCACGCGUGGUUGGAUUCAGUGCCGGUAACCGCGACUCUAGUGCGAUGGACAUUGACUGGCGCGCGGCAUCACGUUCGCGCUCCCGCAUGGCCGUCGACUGGCGUGCGGCGUCGCGCUCUCGUUCCCGCUCGACCUUUAUGGGUGGCUACAGUUCAUUUGAAGCCGUCAAUGAGCAGCACGCACACAACCUGUUGGCGCAAGGAGGCACACACUCCAACUCGACUGCCAGCAUGAACCCUUCGCCUGCAUCGUUUGGCGCCGUCGCACGGUCCAUGCCCAACAACUUCCCUGGCUGGGUCGCCCCCGGUGUCGAGAUGGCCAUGUCGCAGCCCUUGCAUUCCGAGCUCAACAUGGAGCAGUUUGUCAACGGCGGCGGCAAGGACUCGCGCGAAUCGUUCAGCUACGAGAAGGAGGCAGAGGGAUCGGGCCGCAGCGCAGAGGGCCAGGGCGACGUGUGGGACGCCAUCCGUGCCGCCGAGGCCUACGACAUGUUCUCUGCCAGCGGACCCAACGCCGACCAGGCCGAGGCGCUCAACCACCACCUCUCCAUCUCCUUGAGCAGCAGCAUCAAGCAGGAACCCGGAUCUCACGUCGCCGCCUCGGAGGGAAGCACCAGCUCUUCAAAGUCCAAGUACAACUCGCUGCCUGGCAUCAACGGCCCCGGGCUGUACGGUGCGAUUCCAGAGAACUUCCAUCCCCAGUACGGACUGUUACCUCGCCGCGUCCGCAAGACUAGCUUUGACCACACGGUCCGUCCCGGCGCCGACGAGAUGGCACCACCACUGUUCAACCGCAAGCGCCAGGCCGAGGAGUCGCCCCAUGGCGGACACCACAACCCCCUCCCCGAUGGCGGCAGCGGGUUCCCUACGGCGCCAUUCACGUUCAACAUGCAGUCGUAUGACAACUUCUUCGACCUCAACGCUGCGGCCGGCGGGUCGGCAGCUGCCACUCCUGCCAACGGCGACGCCGAGGACGCACAGGGCCCCAACACCUCGAUCGAGUGGUCCCAAGGACAGCUCGCCGCCGGUGGUCCCGGGUUCGACGCGACAUCGACUCUGUUCCCUAACGCGCUCGACCCCAGCUUGGUCAUGCCGCCGCAGACCUCCGAGUCGCCGUUCGACUUCCAGCAGCUCAUGCACCUCUACCUCAACGACCCAGGCGUUCAGCUGCCUCUCACACACGUCAACCCCUCGGAUGUCCUGCGCCUCCCGUCCGAGUCGUUCUCGCCCCAGGACUCGCCCCAGGCGAACGGCCACACCCCCACUGCCCCGCCACCCAAAUCUAACGGCGAGCGUCUCUCUCUCCCUGGUGCUGGCCCGCAACGGUCCAACUCGUCGCCCAACCUCCAGUCGCUCAAGAUGAUGUCGUCGGCGGCCAAGGGACACAGUCGACAGGGCUCGACCACGAGCCGCCCCAAGAACCCGCGCAGCGGCGAAGCCACACCCACCUCGGAAGUGGCCGACCCGCUGGGCGGCGAGACGCCGACAAUGUGCACCAACUGCCAGACGACCAACACGCCCUUGUGGCGUCGCGAUCCCGAAGGCCAGCCGCUGUGUAAUGCCUGUGGCCUGUUCUACAAGCUCCACGGCGUCGUGCGACCCCUCUCGCUCAAGACGGAUGUGAUCAAGAAGCGUAACCGCACCGCACCAUUGUCCAAGGAGUCUGGCCGCAAGGGCAGCAAGUCGUCGUCGCGCUCCAAGCCGUCGAGUCCCCAAGCAGAGGGCGCCGCCCCGUCCACUGCCAUCCCCAAGCGCCAGCGUCGCCAGAGCGAUGCCCCCGAUAGCGGCUCGGCAUCAUUGUCUAGCAGCCUGGGAAGCGGUUUGACAAUGACGAGGCUCCGUUCGUCUGUACCCCCCGUGCUCGUCGCGCUGGAUCAGGUGUGCGCUACUACUGAGACGGAACUCGGUGAGACUAAGCGUGAAGUGAGAGAGGGCCGUGUAUAUCAUCCACUUUGGAUGGAGCAAAACACCGUUGUCGCCAGGCCCAAUGUGCCUCUAUGGGCCGUUUUGGAGUCCCUCGUCUCGCCCACACCGGACGCUCACCUGCAAAGUCAACAGACGAUGGGUGUCACCUACGCUUGUUGA